AUGUCUGCAGAGAAGCCUACGGCGGCCGCUGCCGACGAGGCCCCCUAUGAGCCACCGACUUUCACCAUAGGCCCCGGUCUUGAGCAGUUCAGCAGUCCGAUGAGUGUCUAUCUUGCCACUUAUCCGCUGGCAGAAGGAAUCUACUUGGAGGCUUUUGCUACAGGAUGUCUCGUCAUCAACCCCCAGACGUCCAAACUAUUGCUAGUCCAGCGAGCACCUCAUGACUCUAUGCCAUUGCUCUGGGAGACACCUGGCGGCGCGGUUGAUCCAGAGGACAAGAGCAUCUUGCACGGAGCCGCUCGUGAGUUGUAUGAGGAGGCUGGACUCACUGCCACCGGAAUUGUUCAGCUUGUUGGUGGGCUGGAGACGUUCUUCACGAGACGGGGUCGGAAAAUAGGCAAGGUCAACUUCCUCGUGGAGGUCGAAGUUUGCGACAAGGAGCACGGCGACGACGGCAUCGAGGUCAAGCUGGAUCCCAAUGAGCAUGUCAAGCACGUUUGGGUCAGCGAAGAAGAGGCAAGAGCCAAAAAGGCAGGCGACAUCGACCUCAAGUACACCACUUCCGCACAAGAGAGGACGAUCUAUCAAGCAUUCAACAUCUGGAAGACUCAGGCAAACAUUACUUGA